AGAGGCCUGCGCUGGGGUAGCCAGGCGCACAGCCACGGGUGGUUCAGGGCCCGUGCCACCCAGGGAGGUCACACAUGGCCAAAAAUCAGGGCAUUUUAGUGGUGGCAGCAUGGGACACUCGGAGCCGGGCGUGGCGUUGUUUCUGCUCAGUGUCCGCCUCCCGGAGCCUUGUGCAGAUCUGACAAGGCCCCUAGACCUCAAGGGUAUCUGGGACGCAAAAACCAGUAGUCGGGGUGGUCUAAGGGGGGAAGCUCGCGGUGGGGGUUCACUCCGCGCGUAUCUUCUGGGGUCUCCUGUGUGCCCAGCGAAUGAAGCCAAGGGCACAAAGAAGGACCCAAUCAGGUACAGAGCGCACCCGUGGAGGAGGCUGCGUAAACCCCGACUGUCUAUGGAUAGUCCUACGGAUCAGAAGAGGGCCCUGCCCCAAGGAGUUCCCGGGUGGAACGGCAAGUUAAGGCGCCCUGGGGAGGUGACACAAGCACUCUCAGUCGUUUUGUUUAGUAGGAGUCUCUGAGGCCUCCCCAGUGCCAUGCCGCGUGGGUGAGGCCGAGGACACAGAGAAAUAUCAGGCAAAGCUCCUGCCCUUUAGGGUAGCCCUGACAGCGGAUCAUAACCUCCCAGGGAGCUGAUGGGUUUUGACAGGCACACUGCAGGCUGGAGCCACAGGUGGAGGGCAGGGAAGAGGACGGGCGAAUCUGUGGAAUCCCUAAAGGGAGCCAAGAGCAGCCACAUGCAAAUCUCUCUCCCUCCAAAUAACUCUCCCUUAGAGAGCAUCGCGCUCCCCUGGGCUGGCAGUCUGCGAGAAGUUUCCGUGUAGGUUCUCGCCAGGCUUGAACAGUUUAAGGGUUUAUUUAAAGAAAACUCUGGGGAGGGCGAACUGCAAGGGGGCUGCCGAGAUUAGCCGAGGGAUUCCGAAUGAAGACGGAGUGUUUCCGAAGAGGCACACCUCUCCGAAGAGCGUUUCCGGAUGGUUCCGAAAGUACCCGAGCGGGCCUCGGCGCCUUCAUCGGCCGUCACCGCUUGGGCUUACGAAGACCGGAAAUAUCGUGUCGGGGCUAGGCUUACAUAGGUCUCGCAUUCACAAGUUCAUUCAUAAAACAAAAGUUUAUUGAGCGUCCAUCAUAUGCCAAUUACAGUGACAAGCGCUGGGAGAGCAAUACCGGAGAGACAACGGGUAGGAAUGGGUCCCGGGACUUCUCGAAUUGGAGCCAUUAGGAAAUCCAGCCGUGGAGUUCCGAAAACUUCCGGACAUUCUGUCGGUCCUUUAACCAGAGUUCCGAGUAUUCCCGAGCGUUGAGCGUUUGGUCGGCGGAAGUAGCCGAACAUCCUGGAGCCGCCUCGGAGGCGGGGACCGACGACCCCUGUGGCGCCCGCCCAGAGAGGAAGCGGAAAUGCGUAUCCGCUAUUAAAGUCGUCGCCCCGCCCCUUGCCCGCCUCUUUCCGCCUCAGGUCGGCGCCGCGAGAGGAGCCGCCGCCAUGUCUGCGCAUCUGCAAUGGAUGGUCGUGCGGAACUGCUCCAGUUUCCUGAUCAAGAGGAACAAGCAGACCUACAGCACCGAGCCCAAUAACUUGAAGGCCCGCAACUCCUUCCGCUACAACGGGCUGAUUCACCGCAAGACUGUGGGCGUGGAGCCGGCAGCCGACGGCAAAGGUGUUGUGGUGGUCAUGAAGCGGAGAUCCGGCCAGCGGAAGCCUGCUACCUCCUACGUGCGGACCACCAUCAACAAGAAUGCUCGCGCCACGCUCAGCAGCAUCAGACACAUGAUACGCAAGAACAAGUACCGGCCCGACCUGCGCAUGGCAGCUAUCCGCAGGGCUAGCGCCAUCCUGCGCAGCCAGAAGCCUGUGAUGGUGAAGAGGAAGCGGACCCGCCCCACCAAGAGCUCCUGAGCCCCCUGCUCUCAAAGCAAUAAAGUCAGCUGGCCUUCUCACCUG